AUGGAUUUCUACACUAGUGGUAAAGAGUACGGCAAACGAAACAAGCUCGAAUUUCGUCAGUUUGUGGGAGUAUGAAAUCGUCUUCUUAAUUCGUGAUCACAUGUAACGCAGCAGCAGGCGGCAGGCGGCAGGCAGCAGCCAAGCUGAGAUGGUGCUGCUGUUGGCGCGAGCCAAUUACAAUUCCCAUUCCCCGCCUGCCGCCGACCCAGCCCUCGGCCUUCUCCCGCGCUGCAAGAAUCCGCGGGACUUUCGCCCUCUCCAUGCCCGCCUCAUCACGACGGGCCUCCUCUGCGACCCCUCCGUCGCCGCCCGCGUCGUCCUCCGCCUCUGCUCCUCCCCCCACCCUCCCCUCCGCCGCCUCGCCCGCCGCCUCUUCUUCUCCCUCCUCGACCCCUCCGACUCAUCCGAGCGCUCCGACCCGUUCCUCUGGAACGCCCUCAUCAACUCCUCCUCCUCCCCCGUCCGAGCGCUCCUCACCUUCUCCCUCAUGCUUUCCCGCGCCACCGUCGCCGCCGAUGCCUUCUCCUUCUCCCUCGCCCUCAGGGCCUGCUCGCGCGCUUCCUCCCUCGCCGUCGGCUUGCAGAUCCACUCCCUUAUACUAAAAUCCGUGCACUCCCCGAAUCUCUACCUUCAGAACGCCCUGAUCGCUUUGUACUCCAAAUGCAGGCUCUGCGGCGCUGCCCGCCAGGUGUUCGACAGAAUUCCCGUCAGGGACUCCGUCUCUUGGAACUCGAUGAUCGACGGCUACAUCAAGAACGGCGACAUGGAUGCGGCGGAAAACCUUUUCGACCGGCUCGGCGAUGCAGAUAGGAAUUCGGUGACCUGGAAUACCAUGAUCGGCGGGUAUGCCUCUUCGGUUGACGGGAUUGAUGCUGCGCGUGCUCUGUUCGACCGCACGCCUGUGAGAGAUUUGGUUUCGUGGAAUCUGAUGAUUGACGGUUUUGUUAAGUGUGGGAGAUUGGCGGAUGCGGAGUGUUUGUUUCAGCAAAUGCCUAAGAGGGAUGUGAUAUCAUGGGCCAACAUGAUUAAUGGUUACAUGGAUGCUGGGAUUAUUGGCAUGGCUCGGAUGCUGUUCGAUGAAAUGACCGGGAGGGAUGUGAUUGUGUGGAACGUCAUGAUUUGCGGCUACGUGAAUAACGGGAAAUUUGUCGAGGCGUUGCAUCUCUUUAAUGAGAUGCGAGCGGAAUGCGACGUUUCUCCUGAUAAUGUAACUCUAGCAGCUGCGCUUUCUGCUGUGUCUGAGUUGGGCCGCCUGUGCGAUGGUAUUGCUAUACAUGACUAUAUCAAAAGAAAUCACUUAUCUUUAGAGAGGAAGCUAGGUGUUGCCCUAAUUGACAUGUACUCAAAGUGUGGUAGGCUAGAUGAUGCAUUGGAGGUAUUCGAGGUUGCAGGAAGGAGCAUCGAUCAUUAUAAUGCACUGAUCGGUGGUCUAGCCAUUCAUGGCUAUGGUGAGAUCGCUCUCAAGCUCUUCUCAGAGCUGAGGAGGUGCUUGUUGAAGCCUGACGAUAUUACAUUUGUUGGGCUUCUCAGCGCUUGCAACCAUGCAGGUUUAGUUAAGGAAGGUUUGAUUUGCUUCGAAAUUAUGAGGAGAGGUUACGGCUUGGAACCUAAGUUGCAGCAUUAUGCUUGUGUGGUUGACAUUCUUGGUCGUGCAGGCCAUUUGGAAGAGGCAUGGAGGCUCAUUGAGAGCAUGCCGAUUGAACCAAAUGAUGUUGUGUGGAGGUCCUUGCUUAGUUCCUGUAGAACCCAUGGGAACUUUCAGAUCGGUCAAAGGAUAAUGGAAAAAUUAUUAGGAUGGAGUGGUUUCAAUUCUAGUUCGUAUGUACUUCUGUCUAAUCUUUAUGCGAGUGUGGGGAUGUGGCGUGAUGUUAGUGAGAUUAGAAUGGCAAUGAAGGAGAAGGAUGUAAGGAAAGUUCCUGGAUGCAGUUGGGUUGAAGUUGAUGGUAUUAUUCAUGAAUUUGUUGUCGGGGAUAGUUCAUACUCGCAAGCACAACAAGUUUACUCUGUCUGAGCACUUAUAUACAACUAAAGUUUAUAGUUCCCAUGUUUUAUGGAUUGUACAUGCCAAUUUUAAAAUUUUUCUUGUCUAUAUCAGAUUAAGCUCAGUUUUUGGCGAGAAGAAAUAAUAUCAACUUUUCAAUUCCCAAAUUGGAAACAGAGAGUCCUCUUGCUUUCUUCUCCUCAAGGGCCAGAACAAGAUAUCUGGUGAGAUCCACCUCAGGCAUGGCUUCACCACUCCAGUACAAACUAAGAGUUGCCGGUGAAGGUGAGGACCAUCGCCAAAGUGUGGAUCAGGAUGUCUUCCAAGGAGAGCACCGUCACCAACAAUACUUCUUUAACCUAUAAAUCAGUGAUGUUGCUUGACUGUGCUGUAUUCAAUUGAUGCCGGAAGUCUUGUACUCUGUCUCACAGCACCACCAGUCCUCAUCCUCUCCAUGUCAGCCAUGCCAAGGACAUUCUCUUUCCCGUCCUCUGCCCGCUACCCAUUGUCAUUAUUGAUUCAGAUUUGUCUGCUUUUGGAUCUUCAGAUCUGAUAGUUUUAUGGCUUCUAUGACUUCAACCCCUAUGACCGCUCCGACUCCGACCCGUAUUCCUGCAAUUGCUUGAUUGGAUGUUAACUUAAUAGACACCAACUAUCACAAAUGGUCAGUUUCUUUGAAAUUUCAGUUCGAUGCUCAGGCAAACUGAUGGCACUACACCACCGACGAAUGCAGAAUUGGUUAGUGAUUGGGCUUUUCCUGAUUGAUGUGCUGGAGGAAUUAUUUCUUCAUCCGUUUAUGUUGACAUUUGCAUGCUGUUGGCAAGUUUUACCACUGCUCAGCAAAAGUAGGCACACUUUCAGAGUCUUUAUGAGCAAUUAAGUUAUGCUUAGUCGUAAGCUGAGUUUCAAGGACUCUAAUUGGCACAUCAGGGUGAAUGCUCAAUUCAAGAGCUUUACAACUUUAUGCAAGCUCGCUAGCGUCAACUUCAUACUACGGAAGAGCCCUUAUGUGCUACCAGCUCAACCUGCAGGUAUGCUAGAAAACAAGAGUAAGGGAUCAACAAUGACUCUUUCAGUUCCUUGUGCAGCUCCUCCCAGAGUUUGAAGCUUUGCGAGGGCAACCUUUGCACAGAUCUCCACUUUCGACUCUCAGUUCAGCAUUGGCUGAACCUGUUGCAAAAGAGAGACGUCUUCGAGUCUUGGCUUCUUCUACAUCUUCUAUGCCAAUUGUUCUUGCAGCACCAGCUGAUCAGUCAAUGCCUCAAGCCAUUGGCUCCGCUCUCUCUGUAUUCUAGGGUUCUUACAACACCAGAAAAAAAAAGAAAAAAAGAAAAAAAGAAGAAAAGAACGUAGCAUUCAGUGUCGGUGUUGUCUUCUCUGGGCUCAUACUGUAUAAGAAUGUCAACAGAAGAAACAAGCACACUCGUUUUGUUACUUGAGACAGAAUUAUCCUAUUACCCUUGUUGUUC